AUGAAGCUUAAUCUUCUCCUCACCGUUCUGUCUGCCAGUCUGGCUGCGGCUGCGCCCAUUUCCCCUCGACCUGUCGCUCACAACGAGAAGAGAAACACCCCUCUCAACACUAUACUCACCAUAAUCCUAAACCAUCUUCCAGCAGUCAAUGGCGCAAUCGAAGUGGUUGAAAGUGUCAUCACUGACUUCCAGAACCUCAUCUCGGAGCUCACUGGCAUUAGUGAUACUUAUAAUGAAUUAGGCGGUGCUUGCACUGACUACACUGUCAUUUACGCCCGAGGAACAGAUGAUCCAGGAAAUACAGGAGUCAUCACCGGUCCGCCAUUCUUCAUGGCAUUGGAAGCUCUUGUAGGGUCUUCUAAGGUCACCGUUCAAGGUGUGAAUAAUUAUGCAGCAAGCGUAGCAACAUUCCUCGCUGGCGGUGAUCCUGUUGGAAGUGCUUCGAUGGCAUCAGAAAUUGAGGCCGCGUACGCAGCAUGCCCAAACACAAAUCUUGUGGCAUCUGGCUAUUCUCAAGGAGGUCAAGUUGUACACAACGCACUUGCGUUACUUCCUGCAGCAACCGUGAAAUGGAUUAGCUCUGUCGUGAUCUUCGGCGAUCCAGAUAAUGGUCAAGCCAUUCCAAACAUGGACGCAUCGAAAGUGAACACGAUCUGCCACACUGGUGAUAACAUCUGUGAAGCUGGGGAUAUAAUUCUUCCAGCUCACUUAACUUAUGGGGAAAAUGCAGCAGCUGCUGCGGCAUUUGUUGUUGCCCACGCUUCUGCAUGA